AUGAUUCCAGCAAAGAGAAUUACGAGGAACGUUUCAUCUUCUUCUUCUAAUGAUAAUCUCAAGAAGUUGAAAACAAAGAGAACUAGGAGUAACCAUUCACCUUCUACUUCUAGAACCUCCGUUUCCAACCAACAGAAGAGUGUCCGACACGUCCCGAAUAUGAUUAUGUCUCGUGCAGGGAACCUAUGGGGUGCUAAAAAAAGGAGAACCCUAGUUUCCAAGCGUUCCAUCUUUGAGGCUAAAGAUUGCAACGAGAACUCAAAUAGUACGAAUAGGUCGACACGAGGAGAUAGCAACAUGGUUGGAGGCAAGGUUGAUGAGCGCCUUAAAGGGAAUAGUAUAGAUUGUAAUGCAGUUUCCAAGGAUUGUAUUCUGCCAUCUGAAGAUGCCAAUGUGAAGGCGGAGUAUACUUCCACUACUCACGACGAGACUAGUGGGAUACUUGAAAGAAGUCAGUCUGAUUGCUAUCGAGAGGAAACAUCACAGAAAUGUGUUAGGAAUGAUAAGAGUGAAAAUUUGACACAUAAAAGAAAAAGCACAGUAGUGGAUCAGGGUUCUGAUGUUACUGCUACAUUGGUUGACGGUGACUACCGCAACUUGAUAGAAAGGCCUUGCAGCAAUGUUGUAGAAACCAGUAGGUCUUCCAAAAGAAUAAGGCGGAGCAGUAAUGUCGACCAACCUACUUCAAUAUCUACAGACGAAAAGUCAUUUGCAAGAAACAUGGAAGACUCGGGUAGACCUCAAGGGAACAAUGCUGAAGAUAAGAAAAUAAGGAAUCAACAGAAGAGCUUACAUCUUUCACUGAAGCCACAGAUAGCAAAGCUUUGUGAAAUUCUUCUUCUCCCGGAUAAUGUCAAGAGUAUGGUCAGAAAGAUUCUUAAAUAUAUCAUGAACAAUCACCGUAUCUGUGCAGAACCAGUAACAAUAUUACAGGCUUUUCAAUUAUCUCUGUGUUUGACAGCUGCUUCUUUGCUAGAGCACAAACUUGACAUUGAAGCUUCCCUCAUUCUUGCAAAGAGGCACUUGAAUUUUGCCUGUAAGAAACAUGCCGUUGAUCAAAUUAAUACAAUGCUGUGGGAUCUGCGGGAAAAGUUUUUAUUACUCAAAGAAAACUCUAAUGUCACUGGCUCUCCAAAGGCUUAUGAAUCAUCAAGUAGGCUUACGCAUGUUGAAUCGACCGAAACGUAUGUUUCCAGAAAUAUUGAUGAAAGUCAGAAGCGCAAAAACCAAUGGAGAAAGCUACUUCAGAUGCAACUGGAAAGUAAAAAUAAUUUGAAAAAAGAUAUCGAGACCAAAGAGUCUGAUUUUGCAAAAAGGUACAAAAUAGAGUUGGGAGCUUAUAAAAAAUAUUAUGUGAUGACAAAACAGAAGCUCAAGGAUUACAAAGCAGAAUAUUAUAAAAGACUUGCGGAAUUGAAAAAACAGCAUGAAGUACGUCUCCAGGCUUUCGAGACCAAGAAGUUAGAAGCAAGGCAGAAAUUCCGAGAGUCAUGGACACUAGAUGAAGUGUUAGAAACUAGUCGUGAAUGUACCAUUUCCAGUGAAUUGAGUAGGGAGGAAGCUGUGAGGUUGCCUAAUACAGUCAAAAGUACUGAUUAUCAAGAGAAUGCAACUCUGAAUUCUUUGUCAACGGAUCAAAAAUCCGAUGCAGGUUUAGAUAGGGUCGUAUCAUCAAGACCUUGUAUCUCUUCUAGCGGCGAAGAGGCUGAAUGUCAAUUAAUAGACAAUGUGGUAGUGAAUGAAAGUACUACAUCAGACCACCAGGAAGUAGUACAUAAAACCAUGACAGAAAACACUUCGUCCCCGGUGACUUCAGUAUCUAGACCAGUGAAUCUCAUUGAGCCUCAAGAACAAGUGCACUUGAAGCCAUUAUCAUCCGUAGAGUCACCUCCUAGUCCAAGUAUUGAUUUACCUUCUAAUCAAUCCAAUCAUGUUUCAAUGGUCACAGAGCCUAUAGAGCAGAUGCAGAAGUUACAUUCUUCCAACCGGAAUUCCUCUAGUGAAAAUGCUCUCUCCAGCAAGAUUUGUGUGGCAUCAACUGCGUUUCAAAAUCAAGCCUCUGAGAAACCUGCCUCAAAUUUAGAAGUUGGUUCACGUAAGCAUCAAUUAGUGCCUCCAAUCUCGAACAUGGUCAUUGAUUCCCAUGUGUCUAGUGUAGUCAGAGCUCAGGACACAAGAAAUUUGUCGACUCAAAAAGUUAUCAAUAAUCAUCCUAUUCAAACUGCAGUACAAUUUCGUAAUCAAUUGGAAACAACAGUAAGGGAACAUGAUGAGCAAAAUGUGAAAACUCGUGAACUAAUGGUUAUUUUCUGCUCUACUCAUUGCUGUGAGAAUAUUUAUUUAGAUUUUAUAUCUUACCUUCCUUUUAUUGUAUUUGAUGGAACAGGAAUUACAGCUGAAAUAUAACUUU